GAAAAAGGAAAAAAAGAGAAAAACGGGGUGAGACGUCAUUCAGGUGCCCGUUGCCUCAUUGUUCCAUUGUCAGUCGGCCGAUCUCGACCUACCCUCUCCUCUCUGUUUGUUCCUCGUUUUAGCAGUGUGUGUGUGAGCGUGUUUGAGCUUGUUUGCAUCAUGGCUCGGUGGAGAUUAUUCUCGAUUGCUCUCGUCGUCACGACAUUUUUUAUCAUUGCCACCGUGAAUGCCCAACGACUCCAUCACCACAACUCCAUCACUCAACUUUUAAAAGAUCCAGAACGGCUCGAAAUCGUUCACGCCAUGCUGAAAAAAUACAAAGCCAAAAUCAUGAAAUCGCCUUUGGGUGAUCCUGUCAACAGCAUGGGACCCCCAGUUUGGGUCGGAAUUUCUCCGCCAUCACUGCCUAACGAUCAAGAGUUCUUUUUGAAUACGAACGACACAUUUAUCAACGAGCCUACAAAACGCAAUGGACACCACAAUCACCGGUUAGUUCGAUCAAGAAAUGAGCCCUUAUCUGAAGAGAUUUGCAAAACAAACAGAUACUGGAAGCAAAUCAACGACACACGAGAUAUUUACGGACAAGAAGUGCGCAUCGUUCACAGCUCAGAAUAUCGACAGUUUGCCUUCGUUUACGAGUGCAUCAGAGAGGGGGAGCAUUGUACAGGCAUAUCGGAGCACCUACAAUCGACCUGUGAAAUGCGGCCCGGUUGGGCCAACAUGUUACACGUCAAAUUAACGACAGUCGACACCAGUUUGGCACCUCAGUGGGGUUACGUCGCUGUACCUCACCACUGCGCUUGCAGAAUUUAUCCUCGAGUCAAUCCAUUCAUUCCCUAAUUGCACGUAUAUAUCAAUUUGAUUUUUAAAUCGCCCCCCCCCCCCCGUGAUGAAAAACACAAAAUUUCAAACAAUGUUUCUCCGCUGACAGCCCUACUGUGAAAAGAAAAUGGGCAACAGCAUUUAUUAUUCCCUUUCAUUUGUGUUCAUAUUUUCGAUGUCAUUUGCCAAUCUCGUUCUUUGUAAAAAUAUCCGUAAGUUAAAAAGAAAAACAAAAUUAGCAUUGCAGUUUACACAACACACACACGUUUAUUGGUGGGAUAUGAAUUCGGUUAUGUAGUUUGCGUGUUUUGAGUGAGUGUGCGUGUACAUGUAUAUGUGCGAAUUAUUGAUUUGUUCCCUGCUCUCCUUAUUAUAUACAAAUGAUAUUUCUAGAUGGUCUCAUUUACGGUGGUCGACUUACACCCCUAUCAGUUCCAAUAAUACGCCCUCAUCAUGAUUUGUUGAUUUGAAUUGAGUUAAGGAAUAAACAUAUACAAUCAA